UCAGUUGCGUCAGAGGUUUCGGAAACAACAGACAUAUCUCGAAGGCUGCUCUUAAUGAAAACGCUUUUCGCCAUUGACAAGCUCCAGUAGGUUUUGGUGCGUGACGAAUUGUUGAUGUUUAGUUAUACCUCCAUUAAUGUGUCGUGAUAUAAAUGGAUUUAGCUAUUAAAUUUGUCAUCUUGUUAUAUUUUGAAACAUAGUACCAUUAGUAUUUUGAGGAUAGUAUCGGUUUUAAAAUACAGUGGAAAUAAACAAAAAAAAGAUAAUUUAUUUUGCGAAUUUAUUAAAUCAGAUUGAAUAAUGAAAACACGAUAAUACCUAAACUGUUGGAACAUUUAAAGAGACAUGAAGGGUUUUAAUUAAUCUCUUCAUAUGAUGGCAUAUGAUAAUGAUAAGAUACCAUUCUACAUGAGUAUAUAGAAUUCUUACAGCUAAGAACGUAAAAUUUGUUUAAAAUCUGGUCAACAACCUCUUUCAAAUGCAAGAAUAUUACAUGAUGCACCAAGCCAAUGGCUGUGGGUCAGAUUCCUCUUCACCGUUUCACAACCAUCAUCAACUGCACUCUCAGCAGUUGGCUUCACCUCCUGGUCAAUUACCCCCAGUUACAACAGUCAGAACAUGGCACCCUCACGUUUAUGCCAAACCACCAAGACAUCCUACGCCGCAUUUCAUAGCAGAUAUUCUUGGUUUUCGUGAAAGAAUAUCUCCAGAAAUAGUUAACAAUCAUUACUGCUCCAUGACGAUGAGUCCUCCACCUUCUCAAGAAACUACUCCAUUGAUGAAUGGUAACUGUGUGCCAAAACAGCCUUUGAUACACCUCCACCAAGAGUCUCGAUCCACGGUGGAACAACCGUUAAACUUGUCAUGCCCAGAGAGUAAGAAAUCGUACACCCCUACAAAUAUAUCAAACUCUUGUUCACCAGCUGGUGGUAAUGGAGAAUAUGAGUGCGCCUCCCUACCAAACGGUGCGAUGACACCAGAUUCUAUUGUCAUUCCAAAUGUGGUGUGCAAGCUAAGGCUUGAAAUGACACAAAAGUCAGGCACGCCAUCCAAUUGCAAUCCAAUAAGGUCACCUGUAAAUGGAACCUUGUGUGUGAGACCUAUAGCUAGGACAGGUGAAAACGCAACUGCUAAUGUCUGUCAUAAAGAUAUGGCAGGAACAGUACCAAAUACUGUCAUCACGAACACUAUGACAAUCACAGAUGGGACGCCAGGACAACCUGUCAAAGCUAAAACUGCGAAAAGCAGCACAAAAAGAAAGAAAGAAAAAAAACCGGAAGGUCUCAACGUAACACCACAACCAUCGUGUGCGACAACAACAGGACCUCAACAGCAGCAACCACAGCCUCCAUCACUUCACCAGCAACAGCAGGACAGUGACCCAGAGAGCGAGAAGAACAAGAAGAAAAAAGCUCGAACCACUUUUACAGGAAGACAGAUAUUCGAACUGGAAAAGCAGUUCGAGAUCAAAAAGUAUCUUUCUUCCAGCGAAAGGGCGGAAAUGGCAAAGUUGCUAAAUGUUACCGAGACACAGGUGAAAAUCUGGUUUCAAAACAGGAGGACGAAAUGGAAAAAACAAGAUGGUGUUUCAAACGCGGAAGCUGCGGAAAUGAAAACAUCCGGUGAAAAACAAAAUUCUCAAACUUCAACUAAAAAAUCAACCAAGAGCAAAACAACAGCAACUGCAGUCAACGGCAACAGCAGUGCCGCUACAAGCGUUGGAUGUGUACCUCAACCUCAACGCCCAGUAAUCAACGGACCGUCUUCGCAAAUCUCUGUUAACAGUGUGACGACAAAGCCGAACACAAACGAACCAAACUUAAAUAAUCUAGAUCCAGCUUUAAUGCCUGGUUCACCUAUCCUUAUAUCAAAAGUGUCUCCUGUACCGGGAGACAUUAUAUGCAGUAACACUUCUUCAGAAUUAUCGUCAACAACCCCACCUAAUGUUAGUAUGCCUCCCAUAACCACAAUGACCCCACCCCUGUCCAUCGUUGAGAACGGAAUAGAUUCUGAUAGCCGUGCAUCAGAUGUAUUCUGUUGGGGGAGGUCAUCCUCUCCGCCAUCUUCUAUGGAGAAUGGUGUUGCCGGAGAUAAUUCAGUCGAUAACACCGAAUCCAAUCAUUUACAGUACUCACAGUACAGUGGUCCGUGCUACACUAACAAUGUCGUGAGCGUCGAUGCAGCCAUAAAUACUUCCUCGUCUUAUCCUGACUCCGAUGUGAGACCCACUGUGAAAGCUAUUGGUGUUGACGCUUCAUUGCACAUACAAACAUGUCCGAUAAAUAACCAGGCACUGACCGAAGAAGAUGGUUCAAGCAAUCACUGACGGUUUGUUUUCUUUUUUUAAAAAUUAAAAAAAAAAUUUCAUGUUCUGAGCUGUAUAUGAUGAUUUCAUUGAAUGAUAGUCUAAAAUUAGCCAUGCUACAGUUGUCCAUUAUCCACACCUAGUCUUCAAUCCAUGUCUGAUGAUUAAAAAAAACGAAUUUGCCGUACGGAAAUAUGUAUCUGGUUGAAUUAACGAACGCACAUUCUAAUUUAAUUUUUCAGAGGAAAGUAACGUAAAUUUUAUCUGAAUCUGAAGCAGCUCAGAGUCUUCCUCGUUAUCAACAGGGUAAUUGUGUAUGUUUAUAAACUGUAAAGAUAUCUUUUUUUCGUUUGACACUAAUAUUUGUAUCAUACGUUUGAAACAGUGAUACUAUCCAAAUGCAAGUGUAUCUCUCCCAAUCCCCCCUCUAAUCGCUGAUUGCUCUUACGAAAGUAAACUGUAUAUUUUGUUCUAUGUGUUACGAUGAAAGAUCAGUCACAAAGUGCAUUGUAAAUUUUAAUGUGAAUAAUUUACAAAAAUGCUUUCUUGAAAAAUUUCAAUCCAUAAUAGGUGCCAAACGUGUAAUGAAUGCUUGCCAUAAGUCAACCGUGAAUUUUACAAUAUUAAUUCUUUACCUAAAGAUAAUAGUGUUAGAGAUAUAUAUAGAUGCAAAUUAUAUAAUGAUAUAAUAAUAAAAUAAAUUUUAAAUUAUUGUUACAGAUUAUAUAAGCAUCUAAAAUAAAAUCAGAAUUAACUGUGCUAAGCAAAGUAUUCAUACUUUUAAUUUUAAGUUUUUAUUUACAUUUUAUUUCUUAAAUCAAGGAGAGUUUUUGAAAGACUUUAAAAACAUUUCUUACAAGUGUUAAUGAUAAUUUCAGCUCUCAACUACAAAUAAGUUUAAGAAAAUAAUUUUAAAUAUUCUUUGUUCAAUACAGAUUUCAGAUACCUAUGCAUAUUUAUAUUCAUCGUAAUAACAAAAUUAGAAUAUUUUUUCAAAAAAAUUAUUAAAUCAGGAGACGGAUUAAUUUAAUUCAUAAUAAAAUAAUUUUUUCAAGAAAAUAAUGAAUUUUCGAAGUUUUGAAAGUUCGAUUUCUUCUAUUAAAGUACUUAAUCUUUUUCAUAUAAACACACACAAAGUUUUAUUUUUAAAAUGAAAAUCUCUGAAUCUAAAAUCAUUUUUUUUAAUUACAAUAAGUAAGUUUAUAUUCUGUUUGGUUUGCUUGCUCAGUUGUUUUAAAUUUAACAGAUCUUACAUCCAUAAUUUUUAUUGCACUUUUAAAAACAUUUUACUAAGAAAUAUAAGAACCAUACCAAAUUAUACGCAUGUAUUCAUUUAUACUUAAUAUUUCUUCGUUAAAAAAAAUCAUUUCAAAUCUUUGAAUUUGCUGCAUACUUAUAAAAAGUAUGCAGUAUCACUUUAUUUUGUUAACUUAAAUUUCAAUAUCAAAAACAUUACCCAACUGCUAAAACAUCUGUAAUAGCAUUACUCACACAACCUUUUUAAACUGUAUAAUUUACUUUAUGCAGGUAAAGAUAAUAUAUUUAUGAUGUUAUAUUGCGCCUUUCAAAAUGUUUAAAUAAAAAAAUUCAAACACAAUACCGAAUUCUAAUCCCAUAUUCAUUUAAACUUCAAAUAGUUUUAUCAAGAAAAAAUGAUGUAUUUCAAACCCCUAAGUUUAUUAUAUACUAAUAAAAAAUAUCUAGUUUUAUUUUAUUUUGUCAAUAUUAAUUUAAGUACUAUGAAAAAUUUUCUGAUUCUAAAAUAUUUAUAAUAGUAAUAUAUUCACACUGCCUUUCUAAACUGUAUAAAUUACUAUAUACAGAUAAACAGAAUAUAUUUAGAAUGUUAUAUUCCUUCUUGAAUCACUGUAAAUACGCCCAUAUAUUGUGAAUCUUUGAAUGAAAAUCCCAUUUACAUCUUAAAGAUAAUAUGUGAAUAUAGAAUUAUGAAGGAAUUCAGUAAUCUUCAUAUAAUAAAUUGUAUAUUAAAAUUAUAGAUUUUGUGAUAAUUUCUCGAUGUACAAAUUUGAUGAAGGUCUAGUUAUGAAUGUUUCUGAUGUUCCUUUAUUUUUUCUUUCAACAUUUCUUUCGAAAUAAUUUUUCUCAAACGAGCUUCGUAAACAUCUAAUUGAUUGAUUCAUGUUUGUUUUCAAAGUAUAAUGUCCUGUAUUUUUGAAAACCCCGAUGUAUGCUUCUUUCAUUCUCUCUGAGAAAUAUAUCUCCUUAAUCUGCAUAUGUUUAUGGUUCAUGAAAUCUAUGUCGUUCACAAGAAAUAAAAUUCAUUUUGUGCAAUAUAA